GAGAGGGGUGGUGCAUUGUGGAGCGAGAUGGCUAACAGAAAGGUUCUAUCACUCCUUCAUGGAUUCUUCUACCUAGCUAUGAUUCAGCCCUCACUUCAAGGAGGUGUGUACGUGCCGGCUGGUGCUGGAGUUGGAGCAGGAGGUGCUGGACCAGGUGCUGGUCUCUACCCAGGUGCUGGAGGGAUACCCGCAGGAGCAGGCUACAAACCAGCUAAAACUGGGGCUGGAGGAUAUGGAGGACGGGGUGGUGUUGGUGCUGGAGGUCUGGUCCCUGGUGGCGGGGCUGGAGGAAUAGGAGCGUUAGGCUUCGGAGGAGGAGGAGCCGGUGGAAAAGGCCCCAAACCUGGUUAUGGAAACCUUGGUGCUGGUGGUGUUGGGGUUGGUGGUCUUGGUGGUGGAGGAUAUGGAGCUGGUCCUGGAGCAGGCAGUCUAGGAGCAGGAGCCCUUGGGGGAGGAUAUGCUAAGCCUGGAGCUGGUUAUGGAGGAGGCUCGCCGUAUGGAGGAGCUGGUGCUGGGGGCUACUUCACUGGAGGUGGAGGCUAUGGGGCAGGAGGUGGACUACAACCAGGCUAUGGCGGUGGUGGACUACAGCCAGGUCUAGCACCUGUUAUUCCUCAGACUGGCCUACCUGGAGGUGGGCUGGGACCUGGUGCUGGAAAAGGAAAGGCUCCAAAAGGAGGAGUACCAGGUGUGGGGGUGCCUGGACUUUACCAAGGUGGCCAGGUGCCAGGACAAGGGUUUGGUGGUCGUGGAGUGUUGCCCGGUGUGGCCACUGGGAACGGACUCAAUCCCAAAUCAUUGCCAGGUGGAGGACAGCAGGGACCAGGAGGCUUGGGUCGUGUUGGUUAUGGAGGACCAAUGCAGCCAGGAGUAUUCCAUGGAUACCCACUCAAAACACCCAAAACACAAGGUGGCUAUGGAGCGAAAGUUGGAGGAGCUGGAGGCAAACUUCCAUUUGGAUAUGGGGGCUUUGGUGGUGGUGGUGGUGGAGCAGGCCUUCCUGGUGGAAAAGGUGGUCCUGGAUCCAAGCCUGGAUACCCCAUUGGAACUGGUGUUGGGACAGGAGGUCUUAACCCGGCCCAGGCUCAGGCUAAAGCUGCUAAAUAUGGUGCUGGUACUGGUUUGGGUGGUGUGCCCGGUGCAGGUAGAGCUUACCCUGGAGAGGGAGGAGCUUACCCUGGAGUGGGAGGAGCUUACCCUAGAGGAUAUAAUCCUGCUGCAGCCAAAGCUGCUAAAUAUGGAGUCCCAGGAGGUGCAGGUGGCGUCCCAGGUCUUGGAUCAGUAGCAGGAGGAGCAGGAGGAGGACCUGGAGGGUUAUCCGGAGGAGCUGGAGGGUAUAACCCUGCUGCGGCCAAAGCUGCUAAAUAUGGAGUUCCAGGGGGUGCAGGAGCAGGCCUAGGAGCUGGAGGAUUUGGUGGAGUACCAGGAGGAGGAGGAGGAGGAGGUGUACCUGGGGCAGGAGGAUAUAAUCCUGCGGCAGCCAAAGCAGCUAAAUAUGGACUCCCAGGAGGAGGUGCAGGCAGGCUCCCAGGUGCUGGCUCAGUCGCAGGAGGAGCAGGAGGAGUACCAGUAGCUGGGGCUGAAGGAUAUAAUCCUGCUGCGGCCAAAGCCGCUAAAUAUGGAGUUCCAGGAGGAGCAGGUGCAGGGUUAGGAGGAGCUGGAGGCUAUGGAGCGGGAGCCAGGCCUCCCUAUUACGGUGUUCCAGGGGGUGCUGGAUUUGGGGGAGCAGGAGCUUUUCCAGGGUCUGGAGGAUACAAUCCCGCCGCCGCCGCCAAAGCUGCUAAAUAUGGGGUCCCAGGAGGUGCAGGGGCAGGCCUAGGAGCUGGAGGUCUUGGAGGAACAGGAGGGGUACCAGCAGGAGGAGUUGGGGCUGGAGGAUAUAAUCCCGCCGCUGCCAAAGCUGCUAAAUAUGGAGUCCCCGGAGGUGCAGGAGCAGGCCUAGGAGCAGGAGGAGUACCAGGAGGAGGAGCAGGGGGGGUACCUGGGGCUGGAGGAUAUAAUCCUGCUGCAGCCAAAGCAGCUAAAUAUGGAGUUCCAGGAGGUGCAGGAGCAAGCCUAGGAGCUGGAGGACUUGGAGGAGGAUAUGGAGGAGCAGGAGGGGCUGGGGCUGGAGGUACCUCACCAUAG